AUGGCUGGGAUCCAGUCAAUAUCUCCACUAGUUGUGCCUUGCAUAUCUACGUCCUCAAGACGAAUUGUUAAAGUGGUUGCAACUGCUAGAAAUACAAGAAUGUCAUUUGAAUCCAUGGCUUUGAAGCCUCAUUUGCACCCGACCUAUGAUUUGAAGGGAGUCAUCAAGUUAGGAUGCCUGGGGUCAAGGUUAUCUUAUCGGGAUGUGACUAUCAUGGCCACCAUUGCUGUUGACAUGGAAGUGGAAGCUAAUUUCUUGGCAAAGGAAGAUAGUGUCAUUACUGGCCUUACACUUGCAGAUAUGGUAUUUCAUGAGGUUGACCCUUCCCUAAAGGUGGAGUGGUCUCGGAAAGAUAGAGAUUACACUCAUAAAGGACUGCAGUUUGGAAAAGUUUACGACAAGCUGGCAGAUAGCAUUGUUGAAGCCGAAAGGAUAGCCCUAAACUUUACGCAGAAAAUGAGCGGAAUAGCCACUUUAACAAAGGUCAAAAUGGCAGACACUGCACACCCUGCAUGUAUUUUAGAGAUGAGGAAAACUGCUACAGGUCUACGAUUGGUGAAUAAGGGGGUGGUCCUUAUCGAUGGAGAGCAGAACCGUAGAAUGAGUUUACUCAAUAUGGUCUUGAUAAAAGAUAACCAUAUAUCAAUAGCUGGAGGCAUCAAGAAUGCCAUUAAAUCAGUUGACAUGAAUUUAGAGCAAAAGAACCUUCAAAUGGAGGUUGAGGUACUUUCUCCACUUCUAAAAUCUCAAUGGUUUAGAUGUCUGUCAAGUAUCUAUAAGCUGAGGUGACAAUUGUCAAGUAUCUUAUAGCCCUUAUGUUUCUUGAUGUAAAUUACCAUUUAAUUUAACACUUGUUGGUCUAUCAAACACUUGUAAAUUUCCAUUCUUUAAAACACAGCUUGUUGCUACAUGUAAUGGAAAUGGAACCCAAAAACAUUGCAUCAACCGUAUACUUAUGUGGGUCUAUCAAAAAUCAUGCAUGUAAUGCUUUUGUUUUCUAAAACU